AUGGCUUGGCGCAGGCUUACCCUGGUCAACCUGCUUGGGCUUUGCUUGACCAGCUGCCUCCUGUGCCCUGCUCAGGGCUGUGGCCCAGGCAGGGGGCCGGUGGGACGGAAGCAGUCCAGCCGCAGAAGCCUGGCCCCGCUGCAGUACAAGCAGUUUGUGCCCAAUGUGGCGGAACAGACCCUGGGAGCCAGUGGCAAAGCCGAGGGCAAAAUCAGCCGCCACUCCGAGCGCUUCAAGGUCUUGGUGCCCAACUACAACCCUGACAUCAUCUUUAAGGAUGAAGAGAAUACAGGUGCUGACCGGUUGAUGACAGAGCGUUGCAAAGACCGAGUGAAUGCCUUGGCCAUUGCCGUCAUGAAUAUGUGGCCGGGCGUAAGACUGCGAGUGACGGAGGGCUGGGAUGAAGACGGACACCACCUGCCUGACUCUCUGCACUAUGAGGGCCGGGCGCUGGACAUCACCACCUCUGACCGUGACAGGGAGAAGUACGGCAUAUUGGCCCGCUUAGCUGUGGAGGCUGGCUUUGACUGGGUGUACUACGAAUCCAAGGCGCACAUCCAUGUUUCUGUGAAAGCAGAUAACUCCAUGGCUAUUCGUGCAGGCGGCUGCUUCCCUGGCGAUGCGACUGUGACGCUGCGGAGUGGUGAGAAGAGGAGCCUCUCCAAGCUGCGCCACGGAGACUACGUCUUCAGCGUAGAUCAGAACGGACAAAUGGCGCUUAGCGAGGUUUUGCUCUUCCUCCACCGAGAGCCACACAAGCAGACCCUCUUCGUGGCCAUUGAGACGGAAGAACCUGUUCGCCGGCUGCUGCUUACAUCCUCUCAUCUCAUCUUCGUUGCACGGGACCGGGUCAACAGCACAAUGGACUUCUCCCCUGUGUUUGCCAGCAGAGUGUGUGUGGGGGACUCCGUAUUGACAUACCAGGGGGGUGACCUUCCCUUGCAUCCUGCCCGAGUCGUCCGGGUUUGGCAGGAAAAGGGCACUGGUGUCUAUGCCCCCUUGACCACCCAUGGCACAAUCCUGGUCAAUGGGGUGCUAGCAUCCUGCUACGCAGUCCUUGAAAGUCACCACUGGGCUCACUAUGCCUUCGCCCCGUUACGCUUUGUCUACGGCAUCUUCUCACUACUGUCCCUGAAGGGGGAGUCCAGAAACUGCAGUGCUCAGGAAACAGGCGUGCACUGGUAUUCACAGUUUCUGUAUCAUCUGGCAUGGGACUUGCUGGGCCAGGAUGUUCUUCACCCCUAA